UCCGUCGAGAGCGGUCUCCCUGGGCAUGGCCGCGUCGUGCUCUGGACCAAGUGCCGCCUGUCUCGUCGCUCUGUGGGCUGCUGUCGUGAGUGGCAAUGGUAACGCCCUCGCGAAGCAUAAUCAAACUUUCCUGCUGCCCUGUCGGACAGACUGCCAAGGAACUGGUAGCGACAUUCUAUGGUAUACACUCUAUAAUAAUGUUUGGGAACAGAUUAAUUCUCGUAAAAAAGAAAUAGGCUACACCAAAUACAUUGACAACAAAAACGCUUCCAUGACCAUUGAAGAUCCUCAGUGGGAAACAACUAUAUUGCAUAGAUGUGAAUGGUCAUGUCAGGAACAACGCUCCCGUGACAAGUAUACGGAUACAUCGAUUCGACUAAUAAAAGGUGUUAAGACGAACAACAUUCUUGAGGCUAAAGUUGGAACAAAAAUCUCGAUUCCCUGCCAAGGCAAUUCUGAAAGCAGAAUCACUGGAAGCGUUGAAUGGCACUUUGCUCUACCAGGACAACCAUUCUACCCCGUCAACACCACCAGUGGAAAAAAACACUCCAUCGAUUAUAACAAUUCACUUCUCAUUCACAAACUCCAAAAGAAAGAUGCAGGACUUUACCUGUGUGAGCUGAACAAUCUCCAGAAAUUCUACGAGACGAAAGUCAACAUAAUCCGAGAUCGUCCAUCGUCCAGCACAACGCCACAUUUUUCGUCAACCACGCCUUCAUCAAAAGAAGAUCGUCCACGCGCCACCACUAAGUCAACUCUUGCUUCCCCCACGACUACAGCAAAUGCAGAUCGUCCAUCGUCCAGCACAACGCCACAUUUUUCUUCAACCACGCCUUCAUCAAAAGAAGGACGAUCUGGGGUGAACCUCAUCCCAGUGUACAUCUCCGUGUUGGUGGUGUGCACAGCGAUCGCGUGCGGGGCUGCCUGCUACGCCUGGAAGCAACGGAAGAUCAGGUGCGGCAACAAACCGGACUCAACCUCGAACAAAGGGAAGCACGCCUACAAGUCGGUGAAACUGCCUCUGGCUAUUUACGAGUCUAUCGAUCCAACAUCGGAACCAGAGCCCGAGCAGAAAUAUCUGGAGAGGAGCAAAAAUCAGCGCUCGAACACAAACAGCGCGGACCACGCCAGGAGUUCGGGGGACGUCCCUCCGAUUGUUUACGACACUGUCGGUGCGGCGCAACCAGAAGCUGCGCUGACAUGCGCAGAGAUCACAAUCAAUGAUUUCGAUGUAACUUACAGCGUCCCCUAUAAAUCAGCAGCGAGUGAGAUGCCCAAAGGGACGACAAUGGCUCAUUCGCCACCCAACGUCCACUACGCCGAGGUUGCCAUUUAUUGAAAACACUGCUGGUUGGUGGUGGGCAUGGCCACAUCUGUACACCCACCACGCUACGUCUUUCCGCGUUCACUCCAAAUGAACUCGUGCCACGCCGCACGCGCGCCCGAUGAUUGUUAAACAUGUGCCCACGUGACGGGCUUUGCAAUUACACUGGUCAACAAACAUUUUUUUUUCUGGCCUGGACUUUUGCAGCUGUUUUAGACUAAUUUCAGGUGCCGAUUCCAAAUCUGAUCUCAGAUUUGCUCUAUCACAUCUCAUUUUAUGCUAUCGGCAUACCCCAUUUUCAUUGAUUUUACCCGAAAUUAACUCCGUCACUUAUGAGUGCAAGUUGUUGCGAGUCAGUGACUGCUUUAGUGUUAAAAUACGGUGCUGUAUUUUUAGGACAGUGUUUAUAAUAUCAUUUUAUAUAGAUAUCCACAUUUAUUUAAUAUUUUUCUUCUGCCGUUUUUAUUGAAAAUGCAAUAUUAUAUAUCUCAAAAACCUGAUGUGAUAGACAAAAACUGAUGCCAGAUUUGGAAUCAGCACCCCAAAAUUACCUUAAAACCGUUGGAAUACCUUGUGCCAGAAAAAGUGCGUUGACCAGUGUUAUCGUUGCGAGUCAUCGUUAAAAUAACGAGGCUUCUAAAGAUGAUGAGGUUAAGAAAACCAUCGCCUCGAUCACCCACUUAUCAAUCACAUGAUCAUUCGCGAUGUUGUCCAUACCCUUGAACAAAACCCAUCCUUCACCGUGUAAAAUACAACAGAAAUAACAAAAUGAUGGCUCAACUGCCACACGCUGUGCCACGGGCGCUCUGAAUGUACAUGUAUAGCCCACCGGUCAAUUCACUGCUCGAUGAGGGUCUACUCACACUGGGCAGGCAGUGGGCAUGCUUGCCGCUGGGCAUUGUGGGUUGGUGAAGGUGAGCGCACGAGAGAUUUCGAAUAUUUUUUUCCCGAGUGGCCCCUUGACUGCCCACAACCCACCGACGGAAUUGCGUGGUGGUCACCCAAAACAAAGCUAUUUCCCAGUUCAAAACUUUUGCGUCAUCUGGUCCAACACCAAUGGAGACUAGGCUCAAAGAAAAGCUGUCUCGGGUGUGGACCAAUCAACUUCAAGGACAGUGCAUAUCAUUAUCAUCAUCAGUUGUUUCUUUUUGUUCGCAUUUUGACUGCUUGUGUUGUGGUUAUUGCAAACAUGAUGCCUUGUAUAAAGGUGUCAGUUUUUGUACCAGUUGAAACGGUAAAAACCUAUUACUAGAGCUUACGAAUGUUAUGGGAAUGUCUGGCGAUGUCUUUACAGGAACACUGCAAAAAGGGGUCAUUUACUUACAACGUAAUUUACAAUAUUAUCUGGGUGAUCAAUAUUAUUUUCAAUAUUAAUUUACAAUAUUAUCAGGGUGACAAGGGUUUCUUUAACAGAACAGAAAGAUUAUUCUGCAGAUGGGAAUUGACGCGGAACUUUGUGGUGCAUUGUGGCUUGCUUCCUGCACUUUAACAGUUGUGCCUGCGAAUGAAUGUCCAGGCACACACACUGCACAGGUUCACAACACAAAUGUUCAAUGUUUAUUUUUGAGUAGUUACGUGACAACGCG